AUGUCUGAUCUGACAUCAACUGCUGACACCGGUUCUGAUCGGCCAUUAAUGCCUGGCAUUAACGAGCUAGACUCAGUACUCCCACUGGAUUCACAACCUGCGGACCCAGCACCUAUUCCAGCCAUAUCUGGCCAGUCAUCUCCAGUUACAGGUGAGUUCACUCAAUCACAAGCUGACUAUUCAUCGGACAAGCCCCAAUACCUGGGGCAAAGCUAUGCCCCUGAAAUGAUGGCACCUAUACAGGCGCCACCAUAUCCAAUGUUUUCCCCAGGUGUGUGGGGGUAUAAUCCCCACAUGCAGCGAGAGCCAGCAAGACCGCCCAUUGCGGCCUCAAAUGACUCUAUAUUAGGUGACCUUCUCAAGGAAGCAAGCCAACCGAUCUUGCAAUGA